AACUUAAGCAUCAAGAAUAUCAUUUAAGUUGGUUAUAAUUUUGUACAGCACUGUUACUGGUUUUAGAAAUAUUUCUUGACGUUUUUAUGAAAUAUAUUGUGUGCAUUUAUGUAUUUUUAUUUUAACUUCCUUUUGGCUUUUUAAAGUGGUCAAUUCAGUUUAGAUUUUUUAAACAUGUUUUUUCUAGUUUUCUUUUGAGCAUUUACAUUGCAUUUUUAGCUUUUUUCCAUUAUUAUUUAUACAUUUUUAAUGUUUCUUGAUGUUUUGGGCCAUUCUUUUUUGCAGCUAAGUGGUCUUUUUAUGAUUAAUAUAUAUUUUGGGACAUUUUCACAUCUUUAUUGAGUAUUUUAACCAUUUUUAAACAUCCAUUUAAUCAUUUUAAUUUAGUUUUUUAGCAUUCAAGGUGUCACGCGGUGUUAAGUAGUUAUUGUGUGUAGGCCUAUUGUGGGUUUUUUUUUGUGUGUGGUUGUUUUGGGCCAUUUUGAUCACCUUAUUGCUUUUUCUUUUGUUUUUGUUUUUUAAAUGUGGUGAGACAAGUCUUUUAUUAGUUUUUAUUAAUGUGUAAUGAUUUAUAAGCAAAAAAAAACGUAUUUUACUACCGUUUUUAAUCACUUUUAAUCAAAUGUGUAAAUGUAUUAUUCAAUUUAAGUGUGCAACGAGUUUUGUAAAUUAACUUUUGUGACAUUUAUACUUUUUUGCAUUUUAUUUUUGUGCCUGUGUGGUGUGAAAUUCAUUUUUAACAUCUCGAUACACUGCUGUAACAUGAUGAAAGUACGUCAGCGCCAUCUUGUUCGCUUUUUACCUCAGUCUUCUCGAACAGAUUCAAGUUCUGACGAGCUGCUGAUCUUCGGUGCCCUGUAAAAACAUGGCCAUGAAGAACUGGACGGCAGGUACGCAGUGCGUCGCCAAAAAAGAGCACUGCAAACCUAAAGCUGGGGAAAUACCGUAUCACAAAGGCGACAUCUUGACUCUCGUGGGGCCUGGAACGAGAAAAGGAGAAUACAGAGCCAGACAUAACACAACAGGAGACGAAGGGCUGGUUUCGGGUUCAAACUUCAGAGAAAGGGAAGCCCUCCGUAUAGACCCAAAAUUGAGCCUCAUGCCAUGGUUUCACGGCAAGAUAUCAGGACUGCAAGCCGUCUGCAAACUCAAGCCCAUAGACGACGGGCUUUUCUUGGUGCGAGAGUCCGUUCGGCACCCCGGCGAUUUUGUGCUGUGCGUCUGCUUUCACCAGAAGGUCUUCCAGUACCGGGUCAUCUUCCAAAACAACAAACUGACCAUCGACAACAAGGAGUUCUUCUACAACCUCAUCGACAUGAUAGAGUUUUACAGCAGAAAUCAAGGCGCCAUCGCUACUGUUCUGCUGAAGCCCAAGAAGAAGGAAGGAACUAAAUCUGCCGAGACGAAGCUGUUGAAAUCCGGCUGGCUUCUGGAUCUCUCAAAGCUGACGUUAGGAGAGGUCAUUGGAGAGGGCGAGUUCGGGGCUGUGUUCGAGGGUGAAUACGCAGGCCAGAGAGUCGCUGUGAAGAACAUCAAAUGUGACGUAACCGCUCAGGCCUUCCUCGAAGAGACAUCGGUCAUGACAAAUCUCCAUCAUAAGAAUAUGGUGCAGUUAUUAGGGGUGAUUCUUCACAACGGACUUCACAUCGUCACAGAGUUAAUGACGAAGGGGAAUCUGGUGAAUUUCCUCCGCACACGAGGACGUUUCGCCGUCAGUGCGACUCAGCUGCUGCGCUUCGCACUAGAUGUUUGUGAAGGUAUGGAGCACCUGGAGUCAAAGAAGCUCCUGCACCGAGACCUCGCCGGCCGCAACAUCCUCGUGUCGGAGGACGGCGUCGCCAAAAUCAGCGAUUUCGGUCUGGCCAAGGUCAGUUCAACGGCAACCGACAACUCAAAGUUACCCAUCAAGUGGACGGCACCCGAAGCCCUGAAGAGCAAGAAGUUCUCCACUCAGUCAGACGUGUGGAGUUAUGGAGUGCUUCUGUGGGAGAUCUUCUCCUUCGGCCGACAGCCGUAUCCCAAGAUGUCGGUGAGUGAUGUGAGGGAGUACGUGGAUCAGGGAUACCGCAUGGAGCCGCCGGACGAAUGUCCCCCUGACGUCUACGCCAUCAUGAUGUCCUGCUGGGAGAUGGACCCCAAGAAGAGACCGUCCUUCCACAAACUCAGAGACAGACUGGAGAAAGAGCUGAGCAAACAUUGUUGAGUGGAUCUCCGGCAGGUUUUCACCAUGUGUAUAAUGUAGAUUUAAUUUAUUAUUGAUCACACUUUAUAUUUAUGUGUCUAUUUUGAUUUAGUUUUUUUGAUUGAGUGAGGGAUUUCACCUCGAAAUCAUAAGAUGAACUAAACUUUUGCAGUAAAUCGAAGCCUAUUUUAAGCCUUUUUUUCCCCAUUGUAUUUGCAUGACAGUUAAAAACAUUAAAUCCGUCCUUGGAAGUUGUAGUUAAUUAUUCUCAAAAGUGGUUUCUAUUACAGUAAUAUUACUGAUUUAGUUUUUUAUAUUUUUUAUUAAUAGACUGUAAUGCAGAUUUUAUUUGAUUUAAAAUAGUAUAAAAUAAAUAGUACAGCAAAUAAUAUAAUGUGAAUGCUUAAAAAUAUGUAAUUAUUUUACAUAUAAAUUUAGUUAUCAGAAGUAGUUCUGUAAUAUUGAUUUAGGUUUUUAUAUUUUUUUUAUUAUUUUAUAAAUCAUUUGAAUUAUUAAUACACUGUAAAACAGACUAGAUUACAGAUUUUUAUGAUUUUAUUUAAUUUAAAUCAGUAUAAAGUAAAACAGUACGGCAUUAUGUGAAUACAUUACAUAAUUUAGUAUUAUCUUACAUAUAAUUGAUUUAUUUUUUUAUUUUUUGGUGGAAAUGUUCUUAAUUGUUCUGUUGAUUGUUGGUUUUUAAAAAUAUGUAAUUAUUUUCACUUCUUAGAAGUGGUUCCUAUUGCUCUAAUAUUUAGUUUUUUUUUAAUAUAAAGGUUUUUAUAUUUUUAUUAUUUUAUACAUUAUUUGAAUUAUUAAUACACUGUAAAAACAACUGUGUUUUUUAUUAUUUUAUUUUAUUUAAAUCAGUAUAAAGUAAAGCAGUACAGUAAAUAAUGCAAACAAUCCCAUUAUGUAAAAACUUUAUAUAAUUUACCAUUAUUUACAUAAACAUUUUGUUUGAUUUUUUUUAUUUAUAUUUUUUUUUUUUGUGGAAAUGUUCUUAAAUGUCAUGAAAAUAAUGUCACAAUGGUUUUAAAAAUAUGUUUUGGUUUUCAGUUAAUUUUGGGGUGAAAUAUGACUCAUGUCUGACAGGUUUUACCCAAGCAGUAAAAUGUAUUAUUCCUACACUGUAAAAAAUUAUUUCCAUGAUUUAUCACAACAUUUUUUCAUUUGUCAAAUCAACUUCAAUAACUAAUGUGGUUCAGAUAACAUCAUAUUUUGAGUUUCUGUUGAUUAAACCAAUCGCCUUCGUUGGAUUAACUCAAAUUUUUAAUUUUAAUGAACUUUAAGGCAACUUAAUUUAAGUUAAACCAACAAUUCUUUUUUACAGUGUAGAAGAUUUCAGUCCUCAAUGAGGUCCUGUAGAAAAAUGAAUGUAUAUUCAAUUCAGAAAUGUAUUUAUUUAUUCUAACAACAGUAAUAAAGACAUCAGGAAAUGGA